AUUGUAUCAUUAGUUUUCAAUACAAUUACUAUUAAACCGAUUGUUAGCCGUAUUUGUGGUGCACUCCUAUGCAUGCAGUCAUGCAUUCACUCCAUGUGUUUGUCUGUGUCUUAGCCAUCAGUCUGUCCGUCGAUUGUGUCGAUCGCAACAACUUUAAGACCUGCGAUCAGACCGGCUUCUGUCGUCGACAACGAAAUCAGACGCCAAGCGAAGACAAUCAGUGGCUUGUGGUCAGCGAUUCAGUGGUUCCCGCAGCCGAUGAACAAUCGGUUGAGUUUCGGCUUAAGAAUAGCCAAUCGGGGGUCACAUUGCAGGCCAUUAUCUAUGCGCUAAUCGACGGUCAAGUGAUACGUCUGAAAGUGAAUGAAUUGAAUGGUUUGCGGCAGAGGUUUGAGGCGAAGGACUCUCUCCUGACAGACAUUCCGCACUCGAGGCUCAAAGUGGUGGACCAAACGGCACAGGGAUUUGUUGUCCAGUUGACGGGCACUAAGAACAAGGCGUUUGUCAGUACCAACCCAUUCAGGAUCGAUGUCUACAGCGAUGACAAACUGGUCAUCAGU